GGGGCAUACCCGACCCGUGCUUGUUGUGGUUUUAGUUAAAACCCUAGUAGCUGGGUACGAGAAACUCCUUUUGCCGCUCGUCGCAGAGAGCAAACCAGAAGCCGCCGAAACCCUAAACACCAUGCCGAAGUCUAAGCGCGAUAGGCCAGUUACAUUGUCCAAGACAAAAAGGAAGGGAAGGGAACACAAAGAAGCUGUAGUGAAUACGAUCAAACAGGCUGCCGAAGAUUACAAUUCAGUGUAUGUGUUUUCUUUUGAGAACAUGCGAAAUCUCAAAUUCAAGGAGUUCAGAGACCAGCUCAAAUCAACCAGCAGAUUUUUCCUUGGUUCUAACAAAGUCAUGCAAAUUGCUCUUGGUCGAUCUGAAUCUGAUGAGAUCAAAAUCGGCCUUCACAAGGUUUCCGAGGUUCUCCAUGGAAAUGCUGGACUUUGCUUUACUAAUUUGCCAAAGGAGGAGGUUGAAAGGUUGUUUAAUGAAUAUGAGGAAUAUGACUUCGCAAGGACAGGAAGCAUUGCAACUGAGAAGGUCGAGCUUCAGGAAGGUCCUCUGGAGCAGUUCAGUCAUGAGAUGGAGCCAUUUCUACGAAAACAAGGGAUGCCUGUUCGUUUGAACAAAGGUGUUGUGGAGCUUGUUGCAGACUACGUUGUUUGUGAGGAAGGAAAGCCUUUGUCACCCGAGUCAGCUCGUAUACUGCGUUUGUUGGGAUCAAAGACAGCAACCUUCCGUCUCCACUUAAUUUGCAGAUGGAGCCCUGGUGAAUUUGAACUCUAUGUUCCCGGACCUGGUGAUUCAGGUGUAGAAUCCUCAUAGAUGCUGAUAUGAGAUCGACAUGUAUUUGAGUGGAAGGCAAAUGGGAGCAGUUUUGGGGAAUGUUGUGUUUGCACUACUAUGAUAUGUAAUGGUACUUCCUUUGGCCAUUUUUGACCUGGGUUUAUUGUUUUGGUUUUUGGCCGUACUAUGUAACACAUUGUACUUGACGGUUUGGUGCAUAUGAUUUGGCCUAAUGUAAUAUCAGGAUUUUGUGAAAGUUUUAGUUGCUAGUUAUUAUAAGAAAUAUCGGUUUUGUGUG